AUGUACUCCCCACCAGGAUGGGCCUUCACGAGCACGUCCCGUAAGCCCGCGAGCCCCUCCUUGCUUGAGCCCGGGGAAGCUCUUCCUCGUUAUGCACUCGAGGCUUCCCUUGUCCCCGAGGAACAUGCCGUUGUACAGAUUGAGGACAGUUCCGCCCUGGACACUCAUGACGACCCUAACGAAAAGUCUCGGAUCGACAGUCGGGGCAGCCGUCUGCCACGUGUGCAGUGCGUCUAUCCCGUUGCCGUUUCCCAUCGUCUUCGCGACCAACUCGCCGGUGGUGGCGCCGGUCUGGGCCCACGCCGUGCCGUCGACGGGGUUGACGGUGACGUGGCGGAGCUUCUGGAGGUCGAGGAUGAGGAAGGGCUCGGAGAUGUAGGAGAGGCCUUCGUAGUCGUGGCCGCCGCUGCGAGUCCGGAGGUUGAUGCCGAGCCAGGAGGCGCAGGCGACGGCGGCCUGGACCUGGGACUCGUCCUCCGGCGUGAAGAUGAGGAGGGGUUUGGGGCAGGAGGAUCGGACGCAGCGGAGGUUUUGGGCGGUGGAGUUGAGGAUGGAGGUGAAAGAGGGGUCGUAGCGGUAGUGGAAGUCGGAGUUGUCUGCUCUGUUGCCGGUUUUCCAACGGACGCACGACUGGUAUGCGGUGGGAUUGAAAGGCGUAGCGUGACAAGGGAAGGAAGGGCUUGCCAGCAUCAGGAUUGUGAUCAAGGGGAGAGCAAGGGUUGGGGGUCCACCGCACGCGGCUUCCUUCAACCGGCUCCAGCAUACAACCACAAACGCUCGCCCGCAAGCGACAGUGCCCCUGGUCAAGUCGCCCGUCACAGCUGUCGCCAUACCUCGAUUGAACCCCCGACAAUUAAUUCCGCCACUAUCAACACCAGUCCUCCACCACCGCCAACACCAGUCCGGUGUGGGGAAGGUGCCGGCGAUCAACCGAACCGAUCGUGGUCGUCGCUGCAGCGAAAAUUGGUGCUGAUGUCGUCUGUUGUUGUCCACAUCGACGGCGACGUGGUUUUGGUAUGGCUAGCGGCGAUGGGAGUAGCCUGA